GAGGAUACCUCACUCUCAGUUACUUACACCUUUCCCAAAUCCACCGACCAACCCACACUCUCCAGUCACUCUUUUCUCGAACCCGAUCCAGCCAGUCUAUCAAUCCAAAAUGACGCGCGCUCAACAACAAAUCUCUCUAGGCCUCUUGGUCGCUUCCCUCUACACAAUGCUCUUCAUGGGUCUUCUCCCCCUUCCCGAAAAGCUCCAAUUCGAAGUAAUACCAUACCUUCCCUUCUGGGCUCUCAUCUCCUUCGGCGCCUAUCUCCUGGGCAAACUCGGCUACGGAGUUCUCACCUUCAACGACGUUCCGCAAGCCCACGAGGAGUUGAUGGCGCAGAUUCAGGAGGCGAGGAAAGAUUUGAAGAGCAAGGGUGUGGAUGUGGAUUGAGAUGUGGAUUCUGUGGAAGAGAGAGAGAGAGCAAUACAGGUCUUUUUACUUUUUUCAAUUGGGGAGGGAGAGUUUGAUGAAAGUCGAGAGGAAAGAAGUGGGUACGUGUGGUGGUGGUAUAUGAGAUCGCUGGUGGGGAAAUGGCAAGAGAAAAACGAUGAAAAGGGAAAAGCGAGGCGUACUGGAAAGGAUAAGGACGGGACGGGACAGGACAGGAACAGAGAGCUCAUUAUCUUUGCACAAUAAACGAGGUCAACUGUAGUAUACCCAUCUACGUGCUCCUUGUAGCACAGUUUGCUCUGAUGCGUCGUACCUCGAGCAGGUGCGGUAGGCAGAAGAGGC